ACCGUUUCAACAUGGCCGCCUAACUUUGGAUUAUUUCGGCCAGCUUCGUAACAGCAGACAGUGUAUUAGUGUCUACCAGCAACGUCUUGGCAAGGUUAGAGUAUUGUGAUCAACAUGUCCAAAACUACAAGCCCCGAUGGAUCUCUUGAGGUCAUCAAUGCCCGGCGCACAGAGUCAAUUGAUGCCCCACAUAUCGUUGCCCUGGCAACUAAGUCUACAGAGGCACUGUUUGGACGAGUCAACAUUGUGAAUAUUAUUGAAAAGGCUAUCCUUGCUGUGACACUAAGCAAUGCUGCAGAUGAGAUCCUUGGACAUGCAGCUUUCUUUGACUUUCCCAAUCUCCCAGAUGUGGAUGAGGCAGCAUGGGAAGCCUGGAUGAGCAAGUUCUACGACACCAGCAAAUGCAAUGCACUCAACACACUGUUUAUGCACUACUUUGUUUCCAAGAAUGAGUAUGCUCAUGGAUGUGCUGAGGAGAUCAUCCGUACAGCAUUCAACGCUGUUCCAGACCUACACUUCCUGUUCCUGGUUGUUCCUCAUGGUGUUUACCCAGAUGCAGCUGUUGCUGAUGUGUUCAAACCUCUGGACAAAAAGGAGGAUGUGAUGGCUGGCCCCAACAACUGUGUCAUGUUUGUGUGUCAUCGUCACAACCAUGUCCCAGUGUUGCACAUCCGACAUGCCAGAGUUGAGGAUCAUGAUGACUUGACACCUAUCUUCAACCGGCACAGCGACAUGCUGAAACUGACAUAUGGAGAUUACUUCUUGGCAGAACUCAUCGAAGCUCAGAAUGACAACAUGCAGUGCCUGGUUGCAGAGGUGGAAGGAACUGCGCAAGGCUUUAUGAGUAUCAGCGAUGAUGUCAACUACGACUUACUGAACAACUGUUUUGAACUCGGACCCUUCCAUGGCCUCCGACACCCUCACCCUGAAGAUGAGGAGGAGGUACCUAAAGUACCCACCCCUACACCACCCCCUGAGAGAGAUGAGGCAGGUGGGAGUGGUCGUUCAUCACAAAUCUCAUGGUCGUCGAGUUUAUCCCAUGAGGACUAUGGAGAUGUAAGACAGUAUGAUGAGGAGCUGAAAGAUGAGGGUGGAACAGCGGAUGAGGGUACCACAGAGAAAAGUGGAACUGCGAAAACAGAAACUGAACCAAAGACUGUUGGAAGUCGCCAGUCAAGUGCCAAGAGUUCAAAAGCAGGAAGUGCCAGUGGAGAGGUGAAGGUCAGGCCACGACUGAGUGAUGCACAGAUGAAUGGCAGCUGCAGCUCCCUUCUCAGUGAAUACAGUCAAGCAUCAGUGGCUCCAGAAGUGUUGGAGCAACAGCAGUCUGCACCUCCUACUCAGGGCUCCCAGAGGAAUGUUGGGUCUCGAGACUCUGUUCGGGGCACCCCACAAGCUCAACUGAAUGUGCCCCCAAAAUACUUCAUCCCAACUUACAAGGGUUCAGCGAAUGCUUUCACCGUUCAGCUGUUCUGCAUUGAUGAAAGGUUUGAAAUGAGAUCCUUUGAUUUCCUUGGCAAAGCAUUCUCCUUGUUCCCGACAAUGGACUUCUGCAUCAUCACUGUUCCCCAUCUGGUCCCCGAGUUCCCUCUGCUGCAGGGAUUUGUGAGAGUGACCCCGAGGUCCUCCAGUACACUGCCUCAGGAGCUGUAUGUAUUCCACAGAUCAGGACUUCUCAAAGAUUUCCAAGUGCGUGUAGCCUGUACCAGUGAUGUGAGUGGGGUGGAGACUCUGGUGAAAACUGUGGACCUCCACGACAACCUCCUGAAGGACCUGAAGCAGUUCAACAUGGCUCGUAGAGAUGAGACCGGCACAGAGAUUCAAGCAUUUGUGGCAGAAAGCCAGGACCAGAUUGUGGGUGUGGCGAUAGUCAGACGAGAAGAGGACAUUGAGUAUAUUCGCUCCCACUACAACAUUGAGGACUUCAUCUACUACAACCACCAUCGCCGCGAGGAUCAUGCACACUUGCAUCACUUUGCUCUUAACCCCAUCUUCAAUCAUCUCUCCAAACAUUUCCUUAAGGAAAUUCUGCGACUGGGCCACAAGACCUGCUUGUAUUAUCCUUUGUAUCCCCCCUACACCAAGAAAGAGAUAGUAGAUAAGCACUCCCUGGUGGGCUGCCUCAACAACCUGGUGCCUGUCCAUGCCCGCCGCCAAAUUGUCUACCCCCUGGCAGAGCUGGGAGACAAUGCUCCCUCACAGAGAGUGCUCAAACACCAGGAGCCCUAUGCCCUCAACCAUAUCAACAGAAAACUCACACUGGAGCCUAAGGUGACCAUCAAUGCCAGGAUUGUUGUGGUCGGAGCAUCUGAUGUAGGUAUCUCUUUCCUGGAGACCCUGGCUUACUGCCCCCACCUGAGAUUCAACAACCUGACAUUAAUCUCCCCACAUGGCAUCCCCGGGGAGAUGGCGCCAGAUACCCUCCGAGACUCGCUGCUCUCCACCAGCCACUGUUACACCCAGGAGGAGUACAGCAAGAGUGCACUGCGGACAUGGGUCAACGUGGUGUAUGGCAAGAUGUCAGCCAUAGACAGGAAGAAGAAGCUUGUGGUGGUGAAUGGGAAUGUUGUUGUCCCCUUUGACCACCUGGUCAUCAGCACUGGCCAGCAGUACCAGGUCCCCUGUCCUACUGAUGCUGAUAUUGAGGCAGGGGAGACAAACGCUGACCUUGAGAACAGCCCUGAUCGCAGACACACAGGAAGUGUGCCCAAGAACCUGUUUCUGACUAAUGAUGCUUAUGAUUCUGCUGUGGCUCUGUACAGGGUUGAGAAUGGUCUGCUCAAGACUGAGAAGAAAGUAGUUGUGUAUGGCAACUCCCUGGAUGCAGUCUGCUGUGUACAGACCUUGAUGGCUGUGGGAGUGGAACCCAGCCGCAUCAGUCUGGUCCAGCCACCACUAGCAUACGAGGUGACGUGUGUAAACAUCCCGACUGUGGAGAAGACCAUUGCAGACAAUCUAGCGGCUGCUGGUGUAACUGUCCACACCAACUGCAUCUUGGCUCGCUUUAAUACCACUGAUGAUGGCAGUGAAAUUACCUCCCUUGAUUUUACCACCAAAAGCCGUCCUCUCAACGUACAGUGUGAUGCACUUUUCCCUUUUUACAAAAAAAGUGUGGACUAUGAUUCCUUCAAAGCUAUCAACAAUGCUUGUCUGGUCUACGAUGGUAAGCUGGUGAUUGAUGCAUCCUUCCACACCAAUGACGUCGCAAUCAGAGGUGCUGGCACCCUCACCAAGUUUCAGCGCCGUUACCAUGCCGACCAGUGGACACAUUCUAACUUCAACUCUAAAGAAGUUGGUAUUUCGCUGGCAGGUGAGAUGCUGCGCUUGUUCGACCCCACGGUGGAACCCCAGUCAGCUCCUGGAGAGGAACCCCUCAACCUCAUCCCUAUCUACCGUAGCCCCAAGAUACAAGGAGGAAUUCUGCCAGGUGGUCUUCAUUACCUCCAUGUGGCCAAACCCAGCCUUCCUGUCCCCCUGGAUGUGCACAUGGCUCAGUCCGACUAUGGGCGUGAGCUGAUCUCAGGGGAGGCUGGACCUGAUGCCUGCUACUUCCGCCUUCAUCUCAACCAGUACAACACCAUUGAGACCAUCACCUGCCUCUCCAAACAGCCUGUCCCAGCGAGCAACCUGAUAUGCCUGUUUGGUAUCCACGAACGCUAUCUCAACAACAUGCUGUCCAGGUAUGAAGAGGGACUAAUUAAAGACUUCUACAGCUACUUCCAGCAGCCCUGGAGCAUGGCCAUCUACCAUGACAGAUUCCCGGACUUCCGGGAUGAGAUCCGGGAACUGCUCAUCACCAGCCCGGAAGAAGCACUGGAAGCCCUGGAGGAGAAGGUCCGAAUGGUGGUGGACGAUGAAAUAUCCAUGUCCAAGACCCAGCUCCGGGAGCUGCUGGAGGCGUACGCUGGCACCGGAGCGAAGCGGGCCGUGGAGACACGCCUCCUCAGCUUCAUCAGCUACAACUACUACCACCUUCCCAUGUACGCCAAACCAGGGAUGGUGUGAAGCAACAUCCACCAAACCAUGUGUCACUGUAACAUAACAUCAAUCACACAUCAUUGUUGUUUAUACAUGCUGCUGUUGCUGGUCAGCUAAUAUCAUGUGCUGAUGUUGGCUUUUGGAGACAUUGAUCCAAUAUAGUUCUCAAGUUUGGGUUAAUGAAUGCGAACAUUUCAUUGGGUAAUUUGAAUAGCAGCUGUUUCACUUCUUAAAAUAUAUAUUGAUGUAUUAGUUAAAUUGUUUGGACAUUCUGUUAAUUCAAUAUAUUUUGAAAAGAAAUACAUUGAUAUAUUUUAUUUUGAUGACAGCUGAUGUAUAGAAAUAUUUGGGAAAUGUUUUUCUAAAAUCAAUAUGUGGUGAAAAGAAACAGAUGGUUUACUUGACUGAUCAGUUUUAAGUUUGUUGAACCAGAUGCAAUACAGUUUUGAUGACCAAAGUUUGAAGUAACACUGUGUUGGUAGAAGGAUAUAUUCAUAUUUAUUUACACUGCUCAAAACAAGAAAAUGAAGACUGAGUGUUGCAAUACCCACCAGCCAUGACAUAUUAACUACAGUCAUAGUAAAGAUUGGGUGUUCCUACCUUAACUUUUGAGUAGUACAUAUCUGUUAUGGUGUUAAGUAGGUGUGAUGAACUUCAGUACAGACAUAAUAUCAGGAAUGUUUUUUUGUAUAUAUUUUCCAAUUUUUGUAAAGCACAUCUUUGUCCUAGACCUGUCCUUUGAUGAUUUAAUGUAAUAUUAUUCAGAAUGGCAUACCUUAUCAGUUUUCCAGCCUUUAACACUGCUCAUGCUUAUUUGUCAUUGCGACAUUGUAAACAGUUUUAAUGCUGAGUCAGUGUCUUUAAUGAGAGCAGUGAUAAUAGAGGACAGAAUCCUGUGUUGACGGUUUAAGUUUUAUACAAAAGCAAAUGUAAGUCAAGGCUGACAAUGUCAAGACCCCACGAAGAGAGAUUUGUUUUACAAAUGUGUAAAUUAAGUCAUUUUGAAUCAGCACUUGUGAUAAUUUGAAGUGUAAAUCUAAAGAUAGGAUGUGUUAUAGAUAAGAGCUGUGAUGUCUAUAUGUAUUUAAUCUGUGCUAUCCGUAUGUAUAAACAUUUCAGUACUCCGCUGUGAUAUGUAAAUAAAGUAUGUAUUGCACA